UGGCGUUACACCGUUAAAAACACACAACAGCGUCAACAGCGGCGGAAUAAUAAUAAUUAUUGGAUUGUAAAUAACAGCCCGAUGGAAGCGGCCGUCAACCCGCCUCACGACAGCUCUCUGGUCGGGUUGUCUGGUGGCGGGAUGGACCAACACUCCAGCUCGGGCAAACGUAUCCGCAAGCCUUCCCUGCUGUACGAAGACUUCGAGAGCCCCUCUCUACCCCACAGCAUGCCCCAGGGCCCCCCCGCCCCGCCGCAGCCCCCGGUGAAGGACCCCUCCCGGCCGAGCCGCAUGACCAACCAGCUGCAGUACCUCCAGAAGACGGUGAUGAAGUCUCUGUGGAGGCAUCACUUCGCCUGGCCGUUCCACGAGCCGGUGGACGCCUACAGGCUCAACUUACCGGAUUACCAUAAAAUCAUCAAGCAGCCGAUGGACAUGGGAACCAUCAGGAAGCGCCUGGAGAACUAUUUCUACCGCAGCGCCAGCGAAUGCAUCCAGGACUUCAACACCAUGUUCACCAACUGCUACAUCUACAACAAGCCCACAGAUGACAUCGUGCUGAUGGCUCAGCCCUUAGAGAAGAUCUUCCUCCAGAAGGUGGCUCAGAUGCCGCAGGACGAGAUCGAGCUUCCUGUCCCGGCUCCUCGGAGCAAGACCAGCCGAGGACGCGGCUCCAAAUCGAACUCGUCGAGGGCUCAGCAGGUGCCGGCGGUGUCGCAGUCGGCGUAUUCUCCGUCGUCCUCAGACACCAGCGAGUCGAUGCCGGCCAGCUCGCCCCAGACGGUGCUGACCAAGAGCUUCCCUCCAGCAACCAUCAUGGGCAUCCCCCCCACCCAGCCCACCACCAAGAAGAAAGGUGUGAAGCGUAAAGCCGACACCACCACCCCCACCAUGGGCCUGUCUGUGGGCAUGGCCGGAGCUACGCACAUGGUGGGCUUAGGCAAGGGGGGUCACGGGGGCCACGGGGGCCAAGUCCACGACUCCUCCAUGCACGGCAUCUCGUCCAUGGGAGGGAUGAGUUUAGAGACCCCCCCCGGCAUGGGACUGGUCAGAAGCCCCGGGGGUCCCGUCCUGCUCCAGCCCAUGAUGUCCGGCACGGGGCGCAGAGUGGGCAGCGGACGCCCCAUCAAACCUCCUAAGAAGGAUUUACCGGAUUCUGUCCAACCUCCGUCAAGGAAAGGCAAACUGAGCCCCCCCCUCAGGUACUGCAGCGGGCUGCUGAAGGACAUGCUGUCCAAGAAACACGCUGCCUACGCCUGGCCCUUCUACACCCCCGUAGACGCAGCGUCUCUGGGGCUGCACGACUACCACGACAUCAUCAAGUGUCCCAUGGACCUCAGCACCAUUCAAGGUAACGGGAAGAUGGACUGCCGUGAGUACCGAGACGCUCAGCAGUUUGCCAGCGACGUGCGGCUCAUGUUCUCCAACUGCUACAAGUACAACCCUCCGGACCACGACGUCGUCGGCAUGGCGCGGAAGCUGCAGGAUGUGUUUGAGUUUCGUUUCGCCAAGAUGCCGGACGAGCCACACAUGGAUCACACGGCCAUGUCGAUGAGCGGCCACCCGACUUCCUCGUCCUCCUCGUCUUCCUCGUCCUCGUCCUCCUCUUCCUCCACCUCGGAGAGCGAGCCCAGCAGUGAGACCGAAGAGAGCGAGAGCAGCCCCAGCUCAGACAGCGAGGAGGAGCGAGCGCAUCGCCUGGCUGAGUUACAGGACCAGGUCUGCACUCAACUCCGAGCCAUGCACGAACAGCUGGCCGCCCUCUCCCAAGGCCCCAUCAUCAAGACCAAGAAGAAGAAAGAGAAGAAGGAGAAAAAGGAGAAGAAGAAAAAGAAGAAGGUGGAGAAGAGGAGUCGAGGUAGCAGAAGCAGAGCUGGCUCUGAAGAAUGGAAGAUGCCCGGCAAGAUACUCAAGAGCAAAUCUGCCAGAGCGGCUCCAUCCCAGCCCAAGAAAAGCCCGGGGGGCAAGAAGAGCACCAAGAACAGCAAAGCUGCAAAGAAGCCGUUCUACCCGCCGGCGGCUCCGUCCAUGCUGCCUCACUACGACUCCGAGGAAGAGGAGGAGAUCGUUCCCAUGUCCUACGACGAGAAGCGACAGCUGAGCCUCGACAUCAACAAGCUGCCGGGAGAGAAGCUGGGCCGCGUGGUCCACAUCAUCCAGUCCAGGGAGCCGUCGCUGAGGGACACCAACCCCGAGGAGAUCGAGAUCGACUUCGAGACGCUCAAACCGUCGACGCUGAAAGAGCUGGAGCGCUACGUCAUGACCUGUCUGAGGAAGAAGCCCCGCAAGCCGUACACCGAGCAAGCUGUAAAGAAGGGCGGCGUUCCCAAAUCUAAAGAGGAGCUGACUCUGGAGAAGCGGAGGGAGCUCGAGAAGAGGCUGCAAGACGUCAGCGGGCAACUCAACUCCGUCAAGAAGCCGGUGAAACCUAAAGUGGAGAAGCCCAGCGCCGUAGAGACCAACGCUCAGCCCGCUCGCCUCAGCGGCAGCAGCUCCAGCUCCGACUCCUCCUCAUCUUCCUCCUCCUCCUCCUCCUCAGACACCAGUGACUCAGACUCUGGUUGAGAUCCUUCGUGCUGACUGAGAGAGAAAACACUAAUAACUCAGGGACUUGGGCUGGCCCAGGACACAACACACCCUGAAACAAACCGUAGUGGGCUGAGAUAUUUAGAUUACUGCAGCGAGAAUCACUCCGAGCUGACUACUAAACAAUGUUUGAAUGUUUGAAUGUGGGACUGAGGGAUGUGGAAAAUGUCUCUGUGGAUAAUCGUAGAACCCGAACACUAAAUGCCUUGGUUCCUCCAUCCUCCCCUUUUGUAAAUACAUGUACAAAUGUAUGUUUCUUUUAUAAAGAAGAAUUUUAUGGUGAUCCCCAAAGAGGGAAGUGAGUGGAGUAGUAAUAAUAAUUAUUAUUAAAAAAAAUAAUAAAAAACUAGGAUGUGUAAAGA